AUGGCACCAAAAUCACUCAAGCCAUCCAACGCAUCUCCGUCGCCAGCCCACCGCGACCGCUGCCUGAACGCCAUCGCGAACUUCAUCCCCCACUACUUCCUCCCAGAGAGCCGCGAGGACCCAAACUUCACCUACCCACACAACCUCCUCGUCUGCCUCGGCCACCCAGAACCAAAAGCAAUUGUGGUGUUCUGCAGCGCGGCCCAAUUCAAGGGGUACGCCGUCACCAACUCUCCUGCGCUCUCUGGAAAUGGUACCACUGGCGACGGCGCCAAAGCUCAAGACGUCGAAGAAGUUUCGACCGCGGUGUCCCUGAACGGCGUCAAAUAUGACAUCUUGUGGAAAGAGACGCGUGUGCCAAGUGAGGAGUAUGAGCUGGACGAGGAGAGAUUCUGGACGGAGUUGUUUGAUAAGGACGGAAAUGUGAAGGUGAAGCACGUGUUCUUUGCGAAUCUCGAGGAGCUUGAGGAGCAGGAGAGGGUGGCGGGGGAGAAGGCGGUGGCGAGGAAGGAGAAGAAGAAGGCGAAGAAGGAGAGGAGGGCGGCGGAGAAGGGGGAGAAGAAGGUGGAGGAGGAGGAGAAGUGA